CCGUCUCGUUUCCGUCGGAAUUAACACAAUCUAUGCCUCGUUGUUUGUACAUAAUGGAAAACGUUGGUUUGUGUUGGUAAAUGUCAAUUUCUCGUGGCGUCAGCUAGACUAUCAAGAUGCCAAAAGUUGUUUCGAGAAGUAUAGUGUGUUCUGACACGAAGGACCAGGAAGAAUAUAGUGAAGAAAAACCGUUACACAUUUAUUACUGUUUGUGUGGCCAGAUGACAUUAAUAUUAGACUGUGCUGUUGAAAAGUUGCCACUGCGAAGAAGAGAUGGAGCACGUGUUAUAGAUGGCAGCAAGCAUGCUCACAAGGUGACCUAUGAUCAAGAUGAAACAGUAUACUUAAAACAACCUGAAGGAAUUGAAAGACAGUUCAGACAGAAAUGUAAAAAAUGUGGACUUUUACUGUACUACAAACAUGAUCCAAAAAGCAAUGUAAUAUUCGUAGUGAAAGGUGCAGUUAUUAAGAGUUCCGGGGAAGGACCAAUGACUACAAUUUACAAUCAAGUUGCUGUUGAGAAACCUAAGAAGAUUAUGGUUACAAAGCACACAAAGAAUAUGGGCAAAUUUAGCUCAGUCACAGUGUCAACAAUUGAUGAAGAAGAAGAUGAAAUUGAAGCUCGGGAAGUUGCUGAUUCUUAUGCCAACAAUGCACGAAUCAUCGAAAAGCAGUUGGAAAGGAAGGGUAUGAACAAGAGGAAAAUGGUUGUGCAACAGACACAGGCUGAAAUGGAUGCUAAACGGAACAGAGUUCGUGGAACUUUAAUUGACAAUAAUUAAUGAUAUAGUGGAUACAAAAAGAAGUAAAUGCACAGAUUUGAGAGUUACACAAGUACAGAAAUUGUACAUAUUGUAAUAUACCACAUAAUUACAUUAAUAUUUGAAAAAUA